CGAUGGAGUCCAUGAAUGAAAAACCCUAGUCACCUUCUUCCCAUUCGUUCGCAUAUUAGUAUCGUUCCUUCACUCUGCCGCUGCAAAAGCACUACUCUCUGCGCGGGAUUCCACACCAUUCCGUCAACAAUGGCCUCCGAGAAGAAACUCUCCAAUCCGAUGCGAGAAAUCAAAGUGCAGAAACUCGUCCUCAACAUCUCCGUCGGCGAGAGCGGCGAUCGUCUCACUCGCGCUGCCAAGGUGCUCGAACAACUCAGUGGCCAAACCCCUGUUUUCUCCAAAGCAAGGUACACUGUGCGUUCCUUUGGGAUUAGAAGAAACGAGAAGAUCGCGUGCUAUGUGACGGUGCGGGGUGACAAGGCGAUGCAGCUUUUGGAAAGUGGUUUGAAGGUGAAGGAGUACGAGCUUCUGAGGAGGAACUUCAGCGACACUGGCUGCUUUGGCUUCGGCAUUCAGGAGCACAUUGAUUUGGGAAUCAAGUAUGAUCCUUCUACUGGUAUUUACGGAAUGGAUUUCUUUGUUGUUUUGGAGCGUCCUGGCUAUCGCGUUGGACGACGCCGUCGAUGCAAGUCUCGUGUUGGAAUCCAGCACCGUGUGACAAAGGACGAUGCCAUGAAGUGGUUCCAAGUUAAAUAUGAAGGUGUCAUCCUAAACAAGUCCCAGAAUAUUUAGUUUUUAUCAGCAACUGUUGUUCAUUACCCUUUCUUGUUCUUUUUUUCAAUUAUUAGUGCCGGAUCUUAUUUUUACAAGUCACUAGCUGUUUGACAAUUUUUUUUCAAUAUCAUUAAAUUUUGACAUCUAUAUUUACCAUCCGGAUGAAAUUGAAUUGCGUGUGUAAUGUUUUAAUAUUUUAGCUUCA